AUGAAUCCUCCGUCAAAUGUCCGAGUCGGGGCCGGGGCCGGGCCUGAACCGAACUCCUGGAAAGUACCUCGAAACAUAUUCCCUAGCAAGAGUUUGAAGAUCAUCGUCAUCUUCAAGCACGUUCUCCUGAUCGACCGAAUUGCAGAAGCUCGACAUGUCCUCAUCGUUAGGUGCCGUGGAGUUGCGCGCGGAGGAUCGGUUGAUGCCGGGCAAGGAGAGCUGAGGUGGCGGCAGCUGAGGUGGGGCCCGCUGGAGCGUCGAUAUUCGGGCCUGCGUGUAGGCCAGUUCGGCCUGGAGAGUUACAACCUGGAUUGGAAAGACCCACAUAUGACUAAAGCCCAAAACGGCUAA